ACAACCACCACCAACCACCAGAUAAGAGUAAUAUUCCUUUAUUGGUUACCUUGCAUUUUGCGCAUGCAAAGACCGGGACAGGUUGGCUAUGAAUGCCCACCGCCACCAUCAUCGUCGUCGACAUCCUCCAACAAUGGCGACAAGAAGCAACACAUACAGAAUGUUGAAUUGAAGGAAAGAUCUUCCAAGUCGUUGUUAGCCAAUGUUUUGGAUAUCGAUGAUGACUUCCGUUGCAAUCAUCGCUGUGCCAGUGCCACAUUGCCGCAUCAGCCGACAUAUUAUCGCACCAUGUACAGACAAGGUGACGAUGGUAGUGUUGGCCCCGUUGGUCCUGUUGGCGACACACGAAUGCAUGAAGCCAUAUCACACACCUGUCUAAGUUCAUCAGCUGAAUAUGAAUUGGCUUUAAUAUUGAAAGAGUUAAGAUGGAUAACUGAUCAG